AUGUCUUCUUUCACCAGUCUAGAUGCUGCCGGUCAGCCUUCGAUUCUUAAUGACAUGACAUUUGGGAUUGAGCUUGAGUUCUUGUCUUAUACACCACGCAAGGUCAGAGAUGGUCCCAGAGGUCAUCUCACGAGGGCCCUCCAGACACCCGUCACUCUCCUCUGUAAAAACUGUAACAAGGAACACGCGUGGAAGUUGCCACUUGAGAGAAUUGUUUCUGGCAAUCCUCCUCCCUUUUCUGCUUGGAAAAUGAUGCGUGACGGUACAGUCAACCCCAGCGCCGACGAAAAAGUCAACGAGCCCAGAAAGUCGCAUUUCUACCAGAUGGAGCUUAUAUCUCGAAUCAUGAACUUUUCCAAGCCCACGCCUUCUNUUCCCCCUCAAUCAUACCCCUGCACCGGUGAGCCAUUCGAGUGGGACGCUUAUACUGAGAUCAGCGUUUUCAUGCAGAGAGUCCACGAAGCCUUUCCCGGGCAUGGUUAUUGUAUCGCUAACAACAAAAACACUGGGCUCCACAUUCACUUCAGCAAUGAUAAGAAUCAGCCACCUGUAAAGACCUCAUUGGGUAUGUUUGCUGUCUUUACUGCUCUCGAGCGUCACUUUGAUCAGCUUUUGCCGGCUUCCAGAAACUGCAUUAUGCCCUUUGAGGGUGUCACGCCUGGCAUAAUUAGAUCAAACCCUGUAUACAAAUACGUUCAAGGCGACAGCGAUUGGGUCGGCAGCGGUUCUAGGGCAUUCCUUGAAAGCAUUCGUUCUACUGUCAAGAAAGCUAUCAAAGACGAUCCUAAAUUCAACCGUUUCACUAUCACCGAUGAGCUGCAGAGUUGCAAUCCUCCAUCUUGGCUUGAUACCAUCUCGAAAUAUGAUGACGUCGAAGCAUUCUUGGAUUCCUGGCCUGCCAAAGAUAGCAUGGGUCAGACUCUAGCGUACAGAACUAUGGCCGUCAAUCUUCAGAACCUGAAGUCGAGUAUUGGAAAGACUACAAUCGAGAUCAGAGCAGCUCCGGGUUCUCUUGAUUUCUCCGAAGUUUGGCAAUGGUCUCAAUUCAUGGGUAAGCUUAUGUUAUGGCUCUCGACUCCUGGCAUUGAUCACAACAAAAUCAUUCUCGACAUUUGGGCCAACGGUACUAUCAUUGACCUACUCAAGCAAAUUGCCGUUUCACAGGAUACCAUCGACUACUACACCGAACGUCUCACUCCUGACUGGGCUAUUAGUCGUCACGCUCGUCUGACUUCAACCAUCGGAGAGACCGACCCUUUCAGAAGCUUCCUCAUCUCUGUCGAGAAUAAUCGUCUGGCAGACUAUCGUACCGAAGCCGUCGAGUCAAAGAUAUUGCAGAAACUUGGGAGCGGUUACUAUGGUCAAAUCCCUGAUGCCCUAUACAAAACUUUGCCGGCCGAAGUCCAAAACCACCCUCACAACUUCUUGAACAUGGACACCUGCGACUACGGACUUUUCACUGACAGCGUUAUAGCCGAUGCAGCACCUGUUGUCAUCUCACAUCCUUCACCCGCUUACUCAUGGGCCAAUGACCCUUGUAACAGCUCCAACACCAACUUUGGUCAGACUGCUGGUAUGUUCUUCUCACCUGAUAGCUUCAACGUACCUCCCCCGCCCGGUCUUGAUGACCCUUUUACAACUUCUUCCGAUCCUGCUCCAUCAGGAACUUCUAGAUACCCGACAACUGUUGAUGGAUCCAAUGCACGUUCACCUGUCUCUGACGGUUCUGAAGAAUUCCCUUUUCGUAGUACUGAUGGGCAGAGUCAGACUUUUGCUACUGCUGCUCCUGAAGGUGGGUUUCCUGAUACGCGUCCUGAGUCGCCUGAUAAUAUCGAUGAUGAUGAUAUGUAA